UGAAACCAUUAAUUGGGAACCAAAAUUAUGAAGUAAUGUGGAUUACAUAGCUGCUACUAAAAGGAAUUCAUAUUAUUUGUGUGUUGCAUUUUUCUUAAUUCCGAUCGUUUUCUUUAAUUGAGUAACUUCAGGAAUGUGUCAAGCUUAUAGUUUUCAGUUUCCUUAGAAUAGUGAAAAGGCCUUUUUUUUUAUGUAUUUUUUUUUCAUAUGUGCAAUCAAAACGACAUAUGUUGGUUUUGAAAUUUAAAUUUUGAAUACUUUUUAUUCAUGCUAGAUAGAUCGUAGUGCUAAUACUAAUUUCAAGAUGCUUAGCGACGGUGAUAGUGAUUUCCGCCUUCAGAGAGUUGUUUGUAACGAUAGACGAUGUCAAAAUAUAAUGUUUGUGUCGUCACUGGAAAUAGAAAUUGAAUGUUUUCAGUGUGGCCAAAAGUUUCUGAAAAAUUCCUUAAGAAACGUCCAAGGAGUAAUGCCUGAAGACUUUGCAAAUGGGCUAGAUUUAUACAUUCGUAGAUUGCUUCUGACUUCCUUCUUACCUAAAAGGGGACCUGAAAUGGUCAAAGUUCUGGGAUUGUCAAAUUAUUAUUGCAAACUCCUGUCACCUUUUCUAACAAGAUACGGAAUGGAUAAAGAAACUGGGAAAGCAAAGCUUUUAAAGGAUAUGAAUCGAGGGGAAAUUUUUGAUUGCAGUUCGUUUGGUGACAGAGCUUUUCUAAUUGAACCAGAACAUGUAAAUAUUCCAGGGUUUGGAAGGGAUAUCACUGGAAGUAUGAACUAUUUAUCUGAAACUUUGAAACUUAUCAGAUCUUCAAAUGGAAAUGAAGAACGUUUGUUACCCAUCCAUACUGAUGGUGAUGGCCACUGUUUAGUUCAUGCAAUAUCUCGCGCUCUUGUUGGGCGAGAAUUGUUUUGGCAUCCUUUAAGAUGCUGUCUCAAGAAGCAUUUUGAAACCAAUCUUGAUAAAUACAAAGAGCUAUUCAAAGAUUUUAUUGAUACUGAAGAAUGGCAAUCAAUAAUUGAUGAAUGUGAUCCUGAAUUCAAACCACCUGAGGGUGAACUUCAUGGGUUAAGAAACAUUCAUAUAUUUGGAUUGGCCAAUGUUCUGAAACGUCCUAUUAUAUUGCUGGAUUCCUUAGAAUGCAUGAAGAAAUGUGGAGAUUAUUCUGCUAUUUUCCUUCCUGGAUUAGUAGAUGCUGAAGGUUGUAGAGGAAGAGACAAAAGCUUAAACAAGCCAAUAUGUAUUGCUUGGAGCAGUUAUAGCCAUAAUCAUUAUAUUCCAUUAGUUGGCAUUCGAAAUAUGCCUUUGCCUGUGCUACCUCUCUCCUUAUUACCUAAAGUUUGGGGUAUGCCUCAGUCUGAAACAAAUACCUAUAUUGAAUUUGAUGACAGUGGCAACUGUACCAUAGGUGGUUGCAGAGUACUAAGUGAUAAUUACAUUCAGCGACUGGUUGUUGCAAUGGAAGGACAAUUCUUUGAACAUUAUAAGAUUCAUCCCUCACUAGUAGCAGAUACAAAAUUGUUUUUAUGUGCAGAUAAUGUUCUUCUGAAUACAAAAGCUAUAACUGUUAUUCAAAAGGCCAAAGCACUUGUUGCUGAGGAACGUCUGUUCAAAUGCAUGCAUUGCAAAGCCCUAAAUGAAAUGCAUUUUGAUCUUAGUUGGUUUUGUCGUGGUGGUGUUUUAUACAACUCUUUAUUCAAAAUAAAUAAAAAUUUAGUACCUGGGAAAUACUAUGAUAUCACUAUUGAUUCAAUUUAUCAUUAUGAAUGCAGAUAUGAGCCUUUGAAAGAUGUUUUUAUUCCGAACAUGAAUUCAAGUUUCAUUGAAAAGUGUUGCUUUUGUCAGAGUCACUUUUUUUUUUCCAGUACUUUCUUAAAGAGAAUUAGAGCCGAUGGAUCUAUUGUUUGUGAAUCAGAAAGUGAUUUGAAUGAAAAAAAGAAUCCUCAGGGACUUGAUAAAAUUGGUCAAUUAUCUGAAAAACAAAGUGAAGAUGUUCCAGAAAUGUUGAUUUUAAAGAUUAAGUAUGGUGAUCUUGAAGCAGAAGAUGUCAUUCCAGAUUUUAAACUUGUUAAAAAAGAAUGCAUUGGAAAAGCAGUAGUUGCGAUUUGUUCAUCUUUUAUAUGCAAACAUUUUCCAAAACAUGUUCACAAUGUUGCUUUGCAUACUUUUGUUGCUGAAAAAAUUGUACAAACAGCUGGGAUAUCAACUGUUCGUGCAUUACCAUCACAAGAUGAACUUAAUAUUAGGAAGAAAGAGGAAUGUAUUGCUAGUACUUCAUCACAGAAACAGCUUACAGCUUCUACAAAUCCUAGUUCAACUGAGACUCAGUCGUGCCCAUCCACUUCCAAUCGUCAGUUUGUUAAAGUAGUUUCACAAAAUGCUCAAGUAGCAAACCUUUCUUUAAGUGAAAAUGGAAUAUCUUACUUUCAACUUCAAGAAUGGAUCAAAGAUAAGUUCUCCAUUCCAAUUCCAAACCAAACAAUAAAAAUCGGUUUCCCCCCAAAAGAAUUGGAACCGCCUGUAGACAGUACACAACCUUUACCUCUGAAGCAUGGAGAUAGAUUAGUGGUCGAAAAUUGUCCAAAGCAAAUCACAAGUCGACCAUCAAGUGCUUCCAUUGCCAGGAAUGCUGCUAGAGACUUUUCUUCUCAAAAGCCUUACACUACGUACCAAAGUGAUGUGCUGUGGAAUUUAGCAAAAUUGUCUCCAGAACAAUUUCGGAAAGGUGGAAAAUUUUAUGAAGAAGUGGCAGGUUCCAGAAUUUUGUACGAUAUGGUACACUUCUUCAUCGAUUCCUUUCCAAAUAAGACCUUUUCUUACAAUCAUCAUAGUGAUAGUAUUGAACUGUGUGUCAAACCAUUGGGGCAUUUUGAAAUAAGUGUUGAUCUUGAUAGCAGAAUUGAACAAGUUCAAGAGGGUGAAUCUGUUAAAGGUUACAGGAAAUGUCCCGUGAUGAGUUUGAAGAUUGGACAUAAGGAUCCGGUUGUUAACAAAACCUUAAAGAAGAACUUACCAUCAACAGCUCAAACUUCUUCAGAAAACCAUGCAAUUCCCCUUGUUCGUAAAGGACCAGGGUUUUCCAUAUUAACUAGUCCAGAACCACCAGAGAGAAUGGAUAUAACAUAGUAUUUUUAUAUGAAAGUUAUUUAUUUAUAAUCUUAUACAUCAGUUUGUAAAUAUAUACAUAUUUAUCUAUAUAUUGUGUGUAUAUAUAUAUAUAUCCAUUCAAUUGUACUAUUUGUCAUUACAUGUGUUCUUAAGGAAAUCAUUGUUUUCAUAUAAAAAUUUGUAUAUAUCUGCAAAUAUUUUGUUUAUUUUUGUUUGAUGAAAACAAAGUACAAUUGAACUAGUGCUUCUUAUUUUAAAGAUCUGUGUCCAAACGUAAAGGGAAAUUCUGAAUUCAACUUGGCAUUUCUCUCCCAUGUAUGAAAAUAAUAUUUGUGUUGUAUGACCGAGCUUUGGGGAUACUUUAUUUUUCUGUCAUAUGCAGUGUAUCAAUUAAAUGAUGAGACUGAUUAUUUUUCUUUCUGAAUUUCAUAAAUAGUACUGGCAUAUAUUAUUUGAUGUGGAAUCCUCUGACAUCACUGAAAGCACUGUGACAAUCAGGUGACAAAAGUAAGAAAUUAUUGUUCAAUUUUGAUAUUGUUAUAAGAACUGGUUAUUGAACUUUCCUUUAAGAGGUAAUGCAAAUAUUUUUUGUUUUCAUUGAUAUGAGAAAAAUAACUUUUCUACGGGGCAAUUCUCUGAUCGUGGAUAGAGAAAUUAAUUGCAAGAAGUUAAAUUUUUAAAUAUAGUAGCAAAGCUGUUUAUGCUUCUUUUCCUCUACUUGAAAUAUUUGUGAUAUGCAUUCUGACAUUUAUAUGAAAGAAGCAGCAUCCAGAACUCAUAGACAUAAAAUUAAAUGAACUAUUAUUAAUGAUAGUUUUUCAAAAAAUGACAUAUCACUUUUAUAUUGUACAAAACUAAGUACUAAUUAAAUUUUCUGACAGCUAAAUUUUUUAUACAGACAGGUAAAGUGAUUUCUUUUCUUUCAUUUUUGAUCUUCACAAAUCUUUUAAGUGUCACAUUCUGAUAUGCAUUAUUGAAACAUAUAUAAUCUAUUUUCCAUAAGAACUCUCGCAGGUAUUAAUUUUACAUUGUUGUAUAUACUUUAUGUAGGAAUUGUGCUACUUCACUUGUGGUGGAUUUGCUAGUUAAUCUUCCUGAAAGCACUGUUCUUAAAUCUUUAAUUAUGAAAUAUUGCAUUGUAGCAAAUUAUUUUUAUGUCCUUAAAGUGUAGGUUUUAUGUGAUGUACAGACAAUAUGCCAGCAAAAUUUCUUAAUUUCAAACUACUGCAUUCUUUUAUCUUUGAUGUAUGAAUUCAACCUUGUUAGCUGAAAUUUUAUUACUUCAGUGUCAUUAUUUUUGAUACUCUGCAUUUUAUUCCUUUUCAAAAUAAUUAUUUGUUAUACUAUUGCUAUUAUGAUUUGUCAAAUAAAAAAGAAUAUUUAUUAAGUAAUAUUUUGAUGUGUGUUUAUUAUAACAUUACUUACUCUAAUUUCAAUGCGAAAGUAUUACAGUUUAUUUAAAAUAACAUGUGGUUAAAUUCUUAAACUUAUUCUAAAUGUAAACUACUUUCAUCUAGCGAAAUACUCAUACUCAAAUACUCAUUUUCAAGAAAGGUAAAGAACCGUAUAUGCAAAAUGCAUAUAUGGAAUUUAAUUUUUAUUAUUGUUGUGUGAUAUCUGUUAUAUUUCAUUACCCAAUUGUAAAUUGUAUCAACUAAAUGGUAAUUGUAGUCAGAUAUUCUUUUUAAAAAAUAUCAGAUUGUUAUAUUGUAAUGUUGAUCAGUGUAAAGGAUCUGAAGGAAAACUCUAUCAAAGAAUUCUUUAGAAUGAAGUGAUAAAUGUUCAGCAAGUGAAAUAAACAUUUUUUUCAAUCUCAUUCGUGAGAUUUUUUUUUUUUUUUUUGCAUGAAAUGAUGUUUUUAAUUGUCAGUGUAAGCUUGACUUAUCUGUCCUCUGUCAAAUCUGUUACCCAAAUACUUUAAUUCAAUAAACAAAACCCACAUUUCAGUCUCAUUUGUGGAAAAAAAGGUUUUGCAUGAAUGAUGUAUUUUAUAUUUACAAAAAAUGUUUGUGUGCGAGUUUGACAUUUCUAUACCAUUUCUUGUCCUCUGUCAAAUCUGUUAUCCCAAAUAUUGUAAUUCCAUAAGCAAAACCCACAUUUCAGUCUCAUUUGUACAAGAUUUUUUUUUUUUUUUUUUUUUUUUGCAUAACAGGAUGUAAUUUAUGAAGAAAAUGUCAAUGCAUAAGUUUGACAUUUGUGUACCAUUUUUUUGUCCUUCUGUCAAAUUGAUUAUUUUAAAUAUUGUCAGAUAAUUUUCUAAAGCUUAAGUUCCAUAUAUAUGAAUAAUGAGAUUUCCUGACAUGUAACAACACAUUAUUUUCAACUGCUGUUUAAUUUUUAUUUACAUUUUAUAAAAUUCUCUUUUCAGUUGUAAAAGUGUUAGAAAAA